UUGUACGUUCAUUAUUGCGUAUAUUGAAGGUUCUGCCUAUUUGGCCUAUGUACUUUUUUCUCAAGUUACACAUUUCUUCUCGUAAAUAUUUUAAUAUACAGGGGCAUUUUCCUUUAAAGUACUUAUUACAAGCUGUCGGAAGGAGAAGUUAUUGUGUCAGAGAAACGUCUGUUAUGACAUAUUAAAAAGUAUUAAUACAAUGAAAAUAGUAAUUGUUAAUUCAUCUUAAUAUGAAUCUUUAUCAAAUGACUACCAGGUCAAUUAACUACGGAAAAUUUUAUUUACAAAGGAACGCCCUGUAUUUCGCACUAGGGCGGUGAACAUUUUAUGUGUUUAUCCAAUCGAGGAACAAUAAAACAUGUUUUUUUUCAGUCAUAAUCUCAUUAUCAGAAACAAAAUCCAAACGAGCAAGUCUUUAUUAGGAUGAGUAAUAAGUAUCAAGUUUUUUUUUUAUAGUUGAUAAGAUACGUUAUCGCUCGCCCUCCCAUAACAGAUAGUGGAAGACUUUAAAUGUUAAUGUUAAAUGUGAUCCUUAUUUGAUCAGUUAUUAAUAAAGUAUACGUUGGUUGUGGGGAUAAAAUUGCGCAAAACGUGCACGUUGUAAUCUGUCAACUUUGCGUUAGGUAAAGUAUACACGUUGCGAUAUCACAAUUCAGAUCGUUAAAAAAAAUGACCAGUAAAGUAUCCCGGUGGAACAUUCGCUCACACUGGCGACGAUAAUGGGGUCGGUUGUUCUAAUUGUUCGCAUUGCGAUAAAUUAUUCAAAAUCGCGUUGCUUUAGUUCGUGUAGUUCUAUACCUGGUAGGUCCAUAUUUGAAACAGAAGUGGUGUUCGAUACUUGAAUAAUAAACAUUCGUUAAAAAUAAGUAAGAUGAGUGAACAUUCUGGGGAGACGCCGCACGGAUGUUUCAAAGUGCCGGACAACUUUUAAUACUUAGUUUUUAUCUUAAUAAAAAAAAACAAUUGCGGUUUAAUUAAGGUUUGCUGAAUAUUAUUCAUGUCAUUGUACAGAAUAUUGUCGACACAUAGUCUGUUAAUAAUUGUGACUUGUGUUGUUACUUGUAUUGAUAAGUAUAUCCUGUUUUAUAUCGUAAUCGACUGUGGUGUUAACUACAGCAUCCUUCCUUUUGGCGGUUACAACGCAAGUGGCUGUUUGCUGGUUAAAUAUUACCAAUAAUGAAGAAUUCUGUACAACUUUUUGUGCUGGUGAUAAGUGGUGUUUUAAUUGUCAUUAUAUCCGGAGAUUUGACCACAAUAACCAGCGACACUACUACAGACGAUUACUAUAAUUGCAGCACAGUGUCCCAAUUGGUUAAUUUAUCGACAAAUUCAUCGGCUAAUAAAAUUCAUAUAUCAUGGGAAAAAGUCAAUGACAGUCCCUUCUGUGAGGUAAACUACGAUAUAAAUGUAACAUUAUUAUCAGGAUUGCAAAUAAUUCCAUACUUUCGACAUGAAAAUCGAACUUUUCACACAAUAACAGACUUAGAGAGUUGCUCCAAAUACUUCGUGUCUAUUGCACCGACAUCAUUCGUUGAUUAUGAUGACGACAAAUCUUUUAUCCAAAAGUUUGAAAUUACAACACUACCCGAGAAAGUACAAAAUUUGAGUCUUCGCUUCCAGAAUGAUAUGAAUAUGACGCACAUAGAAUGGCUACCGCCAAAAAAUAAACAAUGCAUUUCAGAAUAUGUCGUUACAUGGAAUACAAAUAACGUUAUUAUAACGCCUAAUACGACAGCUAGUUUAGAAGGAUUACACUUUUGUGUAAAUUUUACCGUCCGAGCUAAGACAGAGCAGGACUCUGUUGGAGAAGUGGAAGCUUUAAUAAUUCCUGGACCUGUGCUCAAUCUAACAACAAAAGUUAAUUCUUCGUCAGUACUUCUGUCGUGGGACCCUCCAGAAAAUUCGGAAUGUGUAGAACAGUAUGUUAUAAAAUUGAACAACCAGUUUAUUGGUGUCACUUCGCAUACUUCCUAUCCAUUUAUAAAUUUAACGUUCUGUAUAAGUUAUAACUUUACCGUGAUUCCGGAAACUGUAGGAAGUUUUAGCAGGGGAGUGCCAAAUACAUUAAAAGAAGAAUUGUACCCUGAAGUGUUAGAUCCAGUGCAAUACCUCGAUAUUCCUGGUUUUGUCAAUCCCGAUGAAGUAAUUAGAUUUUCAUGGUCAGUGCCAUAUUCAGCCUACUUUUGCACAGUAACUUACGAGAUUCUGGUAACAAACUAUAACAGUGUCAAAGUGAAUACAACAAGGACAUUUUUUGAAAUCGAUACCAAAUAUGUUACUCCAUGUUCAGAAAUUAAAGUAUCCGUAACACCAAUUUUGAGGGAUGUCGUGGGACAAACAAGAAAUGCUUCUAUUAAAGUUGCUCCAAAAGUACCACAUCCACCCAUUCUUACAAACUACACAACGGGUUCUACAUGGAUUCGUUUUAAUUGGAAAAUUGAUGUUGCAAUAUAUAACUGUUCAACAACUAAUUUAAUAAAUGUUUCAUGUGUAAGCGAAGAAAGAGCAUUUUCUCUCAUAGAAAAUGUUACGAAAGAUGAUAUUUCAAUUAAUAAAACCGAACUUGUGCCAUUUACCACUUAUCUGUGUUGGGCAUACACAGCAAACCUUGCUGGACAAUCUAAUUACAGCAAAGUAACAAAUAUUACAACUAAUCAAGCACCACCAUCGAGCCCCACGCAUCUCAGAGUUGAAUCUUUAUCUAGCACUUCGUUUACCAUUGCAUGGGAACGUCCUAAGUAUAUACCAGGUCUACAGGGUGAUUACAGAUUAGAAAUAGAUUCUGAAGGUCCUCUCCACUAUAUUCCUGAAUUCUGCAAUGUUACAAGAGAAUAUAAUUUAGUCUACAGUAUUGGUUAUUUUAUUAGAGAAUAUAAUUUUUUAAAAGCGACACCAAAUUUCGGGUUUAGAAUACGACUGGCAGCAUCUACAGGGGCAGGAUUUGGCGAUUUUUCGCAAAUGUCAAUUGUGACACCUUCAGCCGGGCCCGAACCUGUUAGAGAUUUGAAAUAUAUGAUAAAGUACUUUCAAACGGAGCAGUAUCAGACGGAAAUUUAUAUUUCCUUUAAUCCCCCUUGCAAUACAAACGGAAAUUUAAGUAGUUAUGAUAUAAUAUUAUCAGGAUCGCGCUCUAAUUAUAAUUCCUACAUAUAUGAAAUACAACUGCAGAAAUUGCAACCCAUUCUUCGGAAUUUGUCAGCAGGAUACAACUAUAAUUUGACCGUUACAGCUGCAACAAAGGCUGGCUCAGGGACGCCUGUUAUAAAGCAAUUUAUUGCACCAGAUGGAGUACCACCGAAAAUGCUUGAUUCCUUGAUAGAACCAGAACAAAUUGAUUCUGGGACGGCAAAGUUCGUGUUUUCUAAUCGUUUAUUUUCGGAUGUAAAUGGAGACAUAAUUUAUUAUGCAAUAAUCUUAGCGGACGCAGAUUUUAAUGAAUCAACUUAUGGGUUUUGGAAUUAUUCUCAAAAUGAUUGGCCAUUUGUGGGCUUAUGGAACGAUGAAGCGGAAACAAUUUUACCUUAUCAGGCCACUCCCGAUUACUGGAAUCCGUUCAGAGAAUGCUCUAAGGUUUGCAAUUAUACAUAUAUACUGGGCGAUUCAAAAUGUACUCCAAACACGACUUGCAAUGGUUCCUUAAGGAAAGAUAGAAAAUAUUCCCUAAUUCUUAGAGGUUUUACCCGUCAUGGCUACCGUGAUAGUCUUCCAAUAUUCUUCGUCAUGUGUGAUCCCGCUUCACCAAUAUUCAAAUUGGAUGUUGCGAAAUUCAUUGGUGCAAUAGUUGGUGCAUUAUCUGCAUUAACUUUAUUCGGAUUUAUGUAUAUGAUUUGGAAAAAACAAAAUCGGUCUCCAAAACCGACAAAUGCGGCACCAAAACUGAGUGAAAUGGAUAACCUGCAACCCAUGCCGGUUCCAAUUCCAGUUAAUAAGUUUCCAGAAGUAUAUCGAGAUUUAAAAGUAAACAGUCAAAAGAUUAAGCAACAGUACACUUUGAUUAACACGAAAAGUUCUGAAGAAAUGUUACCUUAUUAUGCAGCCUUACUACCGAAUAAUCGAAAGAAAAAUAGGUACACAAAUAUUUUACCUUUUGAUGAAACCAGAGUGAAAUUAAUAAACGAAAAGGAACCACGAAACGAUUACAUAAAUGCAUCCUUUAUAAAGGGUUAUUCGGGUAAGAUUGAGUACAUAGCAACACAGGGGCCAUUGGCUUACACGUGUGCCGAUUUUUGGAAAAUGAUAAUCCAAGAAAAUGUUACCGUUAUUGCGAUGGUAGCGCACUUUGUUGAGAUGAAUCAACCUAAAUGUUAUAAAUAUUUUCCGAAUAAACACGAAAAUAUGGAUGUCGGUGAAGGCAUUGAAGUACGUUGUGCAACAGAACUUAACUUUGGAAUGUACUGCUUAAGAACAUUACUCAUUCAAAAGGACUUGAAGCAGUGGACCAUCACACAUCUGCAGUUUCUGGACUGGCCAGAUCAUGGUUGUCCUACAGGAACUGAAGUCAUGAUACAUUUUUGUUAUGUAUUGAGACAACAUAUUGCGAAGUUGCCUGGUAUUGUUGCGGUGCAUUGCAGCGCAGGAGUUGGAAGAACAGGCACAUUAAUAGCAGUAGAUAUGCUGCUACAGGCUGUUAAAGAUAAGAGAGAUAUCGACAUAUUUGGCACAGUUCUAAAUUUAAGAAGGCAGAGAGCAAAAAUGGUACAGACUGAGAAACAGUAUUGGUACAUUCACAGUUGCAUUUUUGACGUAAUAGACAACCCUAAGCUUUUAAAUUGGGAGCAAGCAGAAAAUGAAAGCGAGCCUAUUUAUGAAAAUUUAGAGGAAGUUAAAAUAAAUAGUAAAGAGAGUCAAUUGUGACACCACUCCAACAGGGGUAAUUUUAAUUAUUAUUCGUUGCACUUAUUUGUACAUAAUAUUUAUUACUUUGUCUAGUGCAACAGACUAGGUAAUGUACAUAA